AUGCAUUCUUCUUCCUGGAAGUCUUUGCUUGUCCUAGGGCUGACAUCGCUGGCAACCGAAUCAGCGGCAGCACCAACAUCUUGCCCUCCGCCCAAUGUCAAGCCCGGAAGGGCUAUUUAUAUCACAAGCAACCAGCAGCAGAAUAGCAUCAUUGCUCUGCCAAUCGGUCGCAACGGACAGCUAUCUGCUGGCACGCUUACCUCGACGGGUGGCUCAGGCUCAAGCAUCUUGAACCAGAAUGGCAACGUGAAGACGCCUGCCACCGCUGAUGUGUUGUCCUCUCAGUCGGCCGUGACUGUGGCUGACAAUUAUUUGUUUGCCGUCAAUGCCGGAUCCAAUACCGUCUCCAUGUUUGCGAUCGAUCCGUUGAACCCAACUAGACUCACGAUGGUGGGCAGGCCCGCUGCCGUGCCCGGUGACUUUCCCGUGACGGUUGGUGCAUCGGCCAAGAACAAGCUGGUUUGCGUUGGAGCAACUGGUGCCAAGUCUGGUGUCUCCUGCGCAUCCUUCUCUUCCAAGGGGCUGGGCAAGAUGGACCAGCUUCGCCCAGUUGGCUUGAACCAGACCACGCCUCCUGUGGGCCCUCCCAACACCAUUGGCCAAGUAUUCUUCUCUGAAGAUGAAGAGACGCUGUAUACUACCGUCAAGGGCAACCCAGGCACAAACACCACCGGAACUCUGGGAGUGUUUGCCGUGGAUCAGCCCUGUGACGGCCGUGGAGCUGUCGCUGUCAGCCAGGAGGGCAAGCUGAAUGUCCUUGACCAAACUGCCGUUCUUUUUGGCGCGGCGCCGCUCCCAGGCUCUCAAAUCCUCUCCAGCGAUGCAGCAUUCGGAGCUGUCAUGCUGUCUGUCGAUACCGAAACUGGAACUGCAAGCGUCAAGAACGUUAUUGAUGUUGCUGGCCAGAAGGCCACCUGCUGGGCCACUCUCUCUCCUGAGACGAACACCGUGUUCCUUGGAGAUGCUGGAUUCGACCGAUUUGUGGAACUAUCCUCGACCGACGGCAGCAUCCAGUCCAUCACGAACCUCAACACUGGCGACCCUGGUAUCAACGACUUGAAGGCUGCUGGCAGCUUCAUCUACGCCUUGAGCCCCGGUAAUGCUACCGUUGCGCCAGCAGUGACUGUAUUUGAUGUGGUUAGCAAAAAGGUGGCUCAACACUACCAUUUGAAGGGAUCAUUCGCUACCAGCAAGGUCCAGGGCUUAACCGUUCUGGCGUAA